UUCGCGACAGUUGCAGCGAUUUUCCAGACUGGUCUGUACAGCACGAAAAAGGGAAGUCUCAGGCGGGUUUUUUUGAUGUAACGUUAGCGUUAAUUGGACUUUCAGAUAAGGAGCAGUUAGCAGCUCAUAGUCGAGUUCUUUUUAACUCUUCCAGUCUGUAUUUAAAUCUGUCAGCGUUUUUUAUUGUUUUUAAUGCUUUUACCUCCUUUAUGUUUACUAUUGGUAAAGAAUUACCCGCCUCACUAACUCAGAGUAUUGACCGUUUCCUUGAAGCUUAUUCUCUCACUAAGUUGCCCUGCAGUGACAUCUCGAUGUAAAAGCGACUCGAUUGAGCCAGUUCACCUGCACUAAGGGUUCUUGGAUACAGACACCAUGCCAGAGGCUGCUGACAUGAUAAACCUGGGCUUCCUGUCUGAAUCCGAGCGGGAGCUGAUCCUGGAGGUGCUGCGACGAGAUGAGAAGCUGAGACAGGCUGAGGACCAGCGUGUGCGGAAGUUGAAGACAGAGCUGCAGGAUGUUAAGAGGAAAGGGGCCAAACGUGCCAGCGAAAAAUACAGUCAGCAUAGCUGUGGCCGAUGCCUGGAGCCUUUGAGCCGACUGACUGUUUUUUCCAGCCAGUGUAAUAUGUGCAAUCACAUCGUAUGUCGCAACUGCCGGAUGGUCCUGCCCGAUGGAUCCUGGCUGUGCAACGUGUGUGCCAAAGAAUCUGAUGUCAAGAAAAGGACGGGUGACUGGUUCUACGAUCAGCGGGUCAACCGUUUCUCUACAACACCUGGGCAUGACCUAGUGAGAGUGUCCCUGAGAAAGAAGCAGCCAUCAAAGAAACGAGAGACAGUGGGUGAAGUCCUGCUGAGUGGUCCUGAAAUAAAUUCAGAUCCUCCUACGUAUCCCUCUCUGACGAAGCAGAAACUUCAGAUGGUUGACAACAGUAAUUCAAGCAGUUAUUCUGGAUCCAUCACUUCAAGGGCAUCAUUGGAAUCAAAGGAGGAGGAAGAAUUAAAGGUCCAAUCAAAGUCAAAUCGCAGUGACACGGAGUCUGUAGGAAAUUCCAGUAUAGCCAGCGUUAAAACUGAGACGGAGUCUGGCCGUGUGACCCCUGAGCCUGAGCAACCAAGGAAGGAAAACAGCUUUGUUCGAACCAGCCCAGUAGGAUCCAGUAAUUCCAGUCUGACCGUCUCCAUCAAAGCAGAUACUGUCAGCAGUAAAACCACCAACGCAGAGAUCAACACUGCUCCAGAAGUAAAAUCCUCCACUGUAAACCCAGAGCUGGAUGUUGAUAGACUCUUUAAGAAGAGCAUCAAACGAGGCGCAAAACCUGCAGAGUAUGCGUCAACACUGGACCUGCGUAAUGAACGUGACACAUCAGAGCCAUCACUGGGCAAAAGGAGCAGAUCUGUACCAGGCUUGGAUAUACAGGAAGAUGAAGAAGAGGAAGAAGAUAUCGACAGCUUGGUUAGCUUUCAUAGAAGAACGAUGAACUCAAAUGCCUCCAGCCUGCGUGGCUCAAAGAGCACACUGGGCAGCAUGAUGAGCCUUUACAGUGAAGCUGGAGACUUUGACAGUGUGGAGGUGAAGGGAGAUGUUGUGUUCUCUGUAAGUUACGACGAGAGCAGCCAGAGCCUCCAGGUCUUCAUCAAGGAGUGUCAUCAGCUGGCUUAUGGCGAUGCUGCACGGAGCGUCUGCAACCCCUAUGUCAAAUGUUAUCUGCUCCCUGACAAAUCUCGCCAGAGCAAAAAGAAAACCAGCACCAAGAGAAACACUAUAAACCCAGUCUACAAUGAAACUUUAAAGUACUCUAUCGACCGCUCUAAGUUGUCCACUCGCUCCCUCUCAAUAUCAGUCUGGCAUCAUGGUCGCCUCAGCCGCAACGCCUUCCUGGGAGAGGUGGAGAUCCCCUUGGACUGCAGAGACCUCAACUCCCCACAAGAGGAGCGCAUGGCUCUCCUGGCAAAGGCAGCCUCUGUUGUGCCACCUUCAGCUUUUGCUCAGUACAAAGGGGAAUUGAUUAUCUCCUUGAAGUUUGUCACACCUAAAAAGAAAACAGCUGAGAAAACCAAAGACAAAAAAGCCAGGGUGGAGGAAGGAGGAGAGCUGCAUGUCCUAAUAAAGGAGGCAAAGAAUCUCAUGGCAAUGAAGUCAGGAGGCACAUCGGAUAGCUUUGUGAAGGGCUACCUGUUCCCAACUAAGGCAAAGAACUCAAAGAGGAAGACUCCAGUUAUGAAGAAGAACCUGAACCCCCACUACAAUGAAACAUUUGUGUACAAGGAGCUGACUCUGGAGCAGCUGAAGGAGAUGUGUCUGGAGCUGACUGUGUGGGACAAAGAGUCCUUGCACAGCAAUGAAUUCCUGGGAGGUGUCCGCCUCAGCUCCGGAGAAGAUUUUAGAGGUUGGCAACCACUGUUACUCCUCACCUGUAAAAGGCUGAUGGGGUAUUGUCAUCACUGCACCAGGCGGACGGGUAACAUGGACACCCAAGUUUGUUAAUGUGAUAAUUUGAAUCUCAGUUAUUUCAAAAUCCAGGUCAGAAGUUUUCUGAAAAUCUUGGAAUGUGAUAACUCAAGAAGAAAGUCGCCUAGGAUUUUCAGAUUUGUACCAUAGGCACAUCCAUUGAGAGACUGGGCGGUAGCUAUAGCAGCUGCCAGUAUUUUUUAAUUAUUUUUAUUUUUAUAUAUUUUUUUAAGCAGUUUCCUCUUCCUUUAGUAUUACCUGUAUUUGUUAGUUAAAUUUUGUGGGUGUCUUUUAAAGUUGCAUGAUUUUUUUUUUGAUACAAAAGUCCCUCCUGUGCCCCUGCUUCAUUCCCUGCACUUCAACAAGGAAAAGCAAAGAGGAAAAAACAUCUCUGACUGAAUAUAUUUAAGUUUGAAGAACUUUUGAAUAAAAAAUGAGCACAAUGAAUUUCAUCUCCCAUUUCAUGCACUGAAAACUGCACAUGCACGAAGGGAUGCGAGUCAGUAUUUUUUUUUUUUUUUAAAAACAAACAAAAAACAAUCAUCUUACAAAACAUGAAAACAUAAUCUGUUAAUUGCAAUUCAUUUGUCAGAUAUUAUUUAUGGGCAAUCGGACAGGAGUGACCACAUGUUCCUUUAUGUGGGCCUGCACAGCAUUUAUCUCUUGUCCCUCUCACCUCUCAUACUGGGAUACAAAUUUUGCUUCCCGAUUUCAGAAAUCAACAAUAUAAAAUAAACUGUUCUAAGGUCUGGCUUUCAUUGAAAGGUUACUUCCUCCUGCUGAGUAAAAUGUUACCCUCUUUGUUCAAGCUACACCCAGCAUUGGGAAAUUUGACCACAAUCACACGCUAUACAGAACUUUCUGGAAUAUAAUGGAAAAAAGAUGUGCUGUUGAUGGAUGUAUUCCCAGUAAAAUCAAAUGAUUAAAAGACAAAACAACAGGAAUAACAGUUUGAAGGUUAUUGGAAUAAAAGGAGAAUGUACACAACUGGAAAAACCAUCCUUAAGACUAAGCUUUACCUUCCUUGUGCUAUAUUUAGUAGCAAGGGAUUUGGGAAAUUUGCAUUCAUAUAAAAUAUAUUUGUCCUUGAAACUCUUUGCUCUACAUUUAGUUUGUUGGCAUUUGGUCAGCCUAAAAGCAAGCAAUUUGUCACAGUGGAGUAAAGAUGACUUGAAUUGAAAUUUAUGCCAAUAUAAUGGGUUUUACAAUUAAACUAAAAUACAAAAAAUAA